GCCGCACGGUACACCAAUCGUUGCCGCCGCCGCACCGACGCGCAUCGUCGUCGUCGAGCACACGCGCGCGCACUCGCACGUAAGGCACGUAAAUAGUCCCGCAUACACGCGUGCGCGCACACGCACAAUCAUCCGUAACCGUACGAACGAUCGUCGCUUCCGUCCGUAUGUUUCGCUACUGCUGUUGCCGCCGUUAGUGGUGACGUAUUGUCCAGCGGACGGUGUGUGUGGUGCGUGUGCCGCCGUCGUCGUCCCGGAUUCCGUGUUCUGACCGCGAAAAAAACAUCCCGUCGUCGUCCGUGACCCAAACACACCCGCGCCAACGCGCCCGCCGCUGCAUUUCCGAUCGCGUCAGCCGCCGUCGCCGCUGUUGCGGAUUGUUACUCGAGGGCAAUGGCCGGCAACAUGGGAAUGGAACAGUUGAUACCGAUCGUGAACAAGCUGCAAGAUGCAUUCACCCAGCUGGGUGUGCACAUGCAGCUAGACCUGCCCCAGAUCGCCGUGGUCGGUGGUCAGAGCGCGGGCAAGAGCUCCGUGCUGGAGAACUUUGUCGGAAGGGAUUUUCUUCCAAGAGGUUCAGGAAUUGUAACUCGUCGACCUCUCAUUCUUCAAUUAAUAAAUAGCAAUUUAGAAUAUGGAGAAUUUCUUCAUUGCAAAGGAAAAAAGUUUUCAGAUUUUGAUGAAAUUAGACGUGAAAUAGAAGCUGAAACUGACCGUAUGACUGGCUCCAAUAAAGGAAUAUCUAAUAUACCUAUCAACUUGAGGGUCUAUUCUCCUAAUGUGUUGAACCUGACCCUUGUUGAUUUGCCUGGUAUGACCAAAGUGCCUGUUGGUGACCAGCCUCCCGACAUAGAGCAACAAAUAAGAUCGAUGUUAUUCACUUUUGUUAAACGAGAUAAUUGCUUAAUUUUGGCUGUAACACCAGCUAACCAAGAUUUGGCCAAUAGUGACGCAUUAAAAAUUUCUAAAGAAGUUGACCCCGAAGGUAUGCGAACUAUUGGGGUAAUAACAAAAUUAGAUUUGAUGGAUGAAGGAACUGAUGCUAGAGAUGUAUUAGAAAAUAAGCUUUUACCUUUGAGACGUGGUUAUAUUGGUGUGGUCAACCGGAGUCAAAAAGAUAUUGAUGGCCGUAAAGAUAUUAAAGCUGCUUUAGCUGCAGAAAGAAAAUUCUUCUUGGGACAUCCAUCAUAUAGACACAUGGCUGAUAGACUUGGUACACCAUAUUUACAGAGAGUUUUGAACCAACAGUUAACAAAUCAUAUUAGAGACACAUUACCGGGUCUUAGAGAUAAAUUACAAAAACAAUUACUUGCAUUAGAAAAGGAUGUAGAACAGUUUAAAUAUUUUAGACCAGAUGAUCCAGCUAUUAAAACAAAAGCAAUGUUACAAAUGAUACAACAACUUCAAUCUGAUUUUGAACGCACAAUUGAAGGUUCCGGUUCUGCUCAGAUAAACACCAAUGAACUAUCUGGAGGUGCUAAAAUCAAUCGUUUAUUCCAUGAACGUUUUCCAUUUGAAAUUGUCAAAAUGGAAAUUGAUGAAAAAGAACUAAGAAGAGAAAUAGCAUUUGCCAUUAGAAAUAUUCAUGGUAUUCGAGUUGGUUUGUUUACACCUGAUAUGGCAUUUGAAGCUAUUGUAAAAAAACAAAUUGCCAGAUUGAAAGAACCAUCUUUGAAAUGUACUGAUCUUGUUGUCAAUGAACUAUCUAAUGUGGUUAGAAUUUGUACUGAUAAGAUGUCUCGGUAUCCACGUUUGAGAGAAGAAACGGAACGUAUUAUUACAUCAUAUAUCCGUAAUAGAGAACAAUUGUGUAAAGAACAAUUAAUUCUUUUGGUUGAAUGUGAAUUAGCCUAUAUGAAUACGAACCAUGAAGAUUUUAUUGGAUUUGCUAAUGCACAACAAUCAUCUGAUAAUUCAAACAAAACUCACAAGCUUGGAAACCAGGUGAUUCGUAAAGGUUGGAUGUGUAUACAUAAUUUGGGCAUCAUGAAAGGUGGAUCUAGAGAUUAUUGGUUUGUGUUGAUGUCUGAAAAUAUUUCAUGGUUCAAAGAUGAAGAGGAAAGAGAAAAAAAAUAUAUGUUACCACUGGAUGGGUUGAAAAUUAAAGACGUCGAACAAGGUUUUAUGUCUCGUCGUCAUACAUUUGCAUUGUUUAAUCCAGAAGGUCGUAAUGUUUACAAGGACUACAAACAGCUUGAAUUGAGUUGUGAGACCCAAGACGAUGUAGAUUCUUGGAAAGCAUCAUUUUUACGUGCCGGUGUUUAUCCAGAAAAGUCGUCAGAUGUUUCUAAUAGUGAUGAGGAUGGUCGUGAGAGUAGUACAGAAUCAACUACUUCGAUGGAUCCUGUUUUGGAAAGACAAGUGGAAACUAUUAGAAAUUUAGUUGAUUCAUAUAUGAAAAUUGUAACAAAAUCAUGUCGUGAUCUAGUCCCUAAAAUUAUUAUGCAUUUGAUUAUUAACAAUUCAAAAGAUUUUAUUAAUGGAGAACUAUUGGCUCAUCUAUAUGCUUCUGGUGAUCAGUCUCAAAUGAUGGAAGAAAGUGCAGAAGAAGCUGUAAAACGUGAGGAAAUGAUGCGUAUGUACCAAGCAUGUAAAGAAGCAUUAAGAAUUAUUGGUGAUGUAUCAAUGGCAACUGUAACCACACCUGUUCCACCUCCAGUCAAAAAUGAUUGGCUAGCAUCUAGUCUUGACAAUCCAAGGUUGUCUCCACCAAGUCCUGGUGGUGCUGGACGUAGAGGAGUACCUUCUAACCCCACACCUGCAAAUGCUGCCUCAAGAGCACCUCCUCCACCUCCAGCAUCAGGAAGACCAGCUCCAGCUAUACCCAAUAGACCUGGACCCGAGCAAGGACGACAACCCCCUGCUCCACCUGGCAGACCUGGUGGCCAGGGACUUCCUCCACCUUUAAUUCCUUCGCGACCUGUUAAUUUAGUAGCCGCUCCGCGUAUGCAAAACCGACUGCACUUUCAACGCAAUUAAUUAUUUAUUGAUUCCUUGGCUAUCCGUUGAGUUACCACGUGUGUACGCCUACUGUUAUUGUUUUUUUUUGACGAGUUUGUUUUCCUGCACGUUGUAUGGCCACUAUUAUUAUCAUUAUUACUGUCGCUAAAGGGGUACGACGUCGCCGCCGGAAAACAGAAAACGAACCAAUCAAAUCGUAUUUCCCAUUUUCGGUUCCUAUAUAUUAUAUAUAUAUAUAUAUAUAUACAUACGUAUCACAUGUAUGUACUUGUAUGCAUAUACACAUAAUUAUUGAUGUUCAUUAAGUAUUUGUAUAUGUCGUGUACACAUUCGGUUUUAAUUAUUAAAUUUAUUAAGAUUCUAGACGCGUCACUCCUCGUACGGAUUCAUUAUGUAUAUACCGAUGUAUACAUUAGACGUAAUAUCCAUUCACAUGAGACAUUUGUGCGCAUCUGAAAAGAUUUAUUCUUUUUUCCAUAGUAUCGUCUCCCCGAUAUUAUAUAUUUUGUAAAAUAUCUAUUAUUAU